GGAUAGGAAAUAGGAAGCAACCGAAUUCGUUUGAGAGUAACAUGCUCAACGCAGAUAUCUAUGUAGGAAGAAAUUAUCGUUAACUUCGUUUAGUUAAUAUAAUAUAAUUAAGGAUUCAGUUACAUUGUAAACAACUAUGUCAACGUCAAGACACAUUUUCUAUCGGAAGUUCCUAGAUAAACUUGUUAUAUAACACUACGUAACAGCAAAGAAAAUCUAGUAAACUCGUUAUCUUAAAUGUGUGUCUGAAAAUUUACCUAUUGAUAGAUACAAUGGCAGAAGAAAGUUCAAAGAGGUAUGCAGUAGUGACAGGAGCAAACAAAGGGAUAGGAUUUGGAAUAUGUAAGCAAUUGGCUUCUAAUGGGAUCACAGUGAUCUUAACAGCAAGAGAUGAGAAAAGGGGUCUUGAAGCUCUUCAGAAUCUCAAAGAUUUAGGUCUAUCUGGCCAUGUUGUUUAUCAUCAGCUUGAUGUCACUGAUGCUAACAGCAUAGCAUCCCUUGCAAAUUUCAUCAAAACCCAAUUUGGAAAACUUGAUAUCUUGGUGAAUAAUGCAGGAAUCCCUGGGACAGUCGUUGAUGGCGAUGCAUUCAAAGCUUUACUUGCUUCUGGGGAAAGGGCUGAUGCUAUUGAUUGGAGUAAAAUUGUAUGUCAAGAUUAUGAAUCUGCAGAAGCAGGAAUUAGAACUAACUAUUAUGGUGUCAAAGGAAUGUGUGAAGCACUUAUUCCCCUUCUACAAUUGUCAGACUCACCAAAGAUUGUCAAUGUUUCCUCCUCCAUGGGACAGUUGAAGAACCUACCAAAUGAAUGGGCUAAAGGAAUUCUAAGUGAUGACGAAAGCUUAACAGAAGAAAAAAUUGAUGAGGUUUUGAAUCAAUUUCUAAGUGAUUUCAAAGAGGGUUCAUUUGAAACCAAAGGAUGGCCUCCUGCUUUUUCUGCAUACAUAGUUUCAAAAGCUGCUUUGAAUGCAUACACAAGAAUUCUUGCAAAGAAGUAUCCAUCUUUCUGUAUCAAUUCUGUUUGUCCUGGUUUUGUCAAAACGGAUAUAAACUUCAACCUUGGUAACCUUAGUGUUGACGAAGGUGCCGAGAGCGCUGUAAGGUUGGCUCUGCUAUCUAAUGGGGGUCAGUCCGGUCUCUUCUUCGUCCGAAGUGAAGUUUCGCCAUUUUAAUCAGAAGAUGCCAAUUAGUCUUUGUUGUUGUUCAUUUGUUCUUGUUUACAUAAUUCAAGAGCGUUGAUAAUAAGCCAGGUUCAUUAAAGGAAAAUUUGUUAUGGUUGAAAGGAACCAUGUUAAAUGAAGAACCUAUUCAAUGAGAAAUCUUACUUUCAGCAUGUAACAUGAGAUUUUGUAAGUGUAUAAUUUUUUCUUUACUUACCAAAUAAAUUAUAUUCUCACACUCCUAGUUCUUAGAUCCAAUAGAAAUUAGGGUCCAGACCCUUUUAAAGAUUUGUUAGUGCAUUUUAAGUUGUAACACUGCUUUCCUCUUACCAUUGAUGGAGGAACGGCAUAUUCCAUGAUGCCAACUUCCAUUUCUUUCAAAGUGAUUAGCAAUUCAGAAAAAUUUCACCCCUUUUUCUUUGUGGCUUCUAGUAAGGAAAGUUGAAAGUUAUUCAUUGUUGUAAUGGAAAUAGGACAAAAUUUAAAGAGACAUGUAGUGUGAAGCAAGAAAGUGCAACGAAGGAUGCUAAGAAGUUUCCUUCCAGGAUUUUAAGUAAUGAUUAUAUUGCUUGCUAAGGUGCAAAUGUAACUUCUCAUCACUCUCAUGCUUUGGAAUUACUCCACCAAUUGUGCAUCUACUAAAUUUUAGGUAUCCAACUCGCUUCCAUUCAAUCCGAAUAAGUUGGCAACCUGACCUGCAGCAGAUAGGAUCAGGUUCAACCGAACCUAUCCGAUUCGUCUAACUCGUAGUCUCAAUAAAAUAAUGUGAAGAAUAAUAAUUCACUUAAUACAAUAUUUUAUUUUAAAAUAUAAAAAAUACAAAUAAAAAGAUACUCAAAAUAUGUGCUAUAUUUUGGGAGAUCCAGUUUUCAAUCAUGUAUAACUAGAUUGUACGGUAGUAUACUACUAUGCACAUGUUUUUCAGUUUUUGUGCGCGCCUUGGUUGAUGGUAGGUAGGCCCCACUGAAAGCAGUUUCCUGUGUCCAAUUCCCUCUCAAUCACAGAUC